GAAUCAUUUUUGUUACUAUUUCAGUACUUCUUUAAUUUUUCGGUUUUGUAAUUGUUUGAAGUUUAAAUUAACAAAAAUAAUAUGACUUCAGGCAGCUGUUCAAUUAAUGAUGACAAUAUCGACCGAAUAUUUGAACCCAUAAUAACCAUAAUGGAACCUAGUUGCACAAUAAUGAAAGGGCAGGAAGUCAACAGGCAGACUACUGUCGAUAAACCCCACCUUCAAAACUCUUCACAUUCAAGACCAAAUAUUCAAGACAAAAAUGAGAGUCUUCCAUCUAUUCAUUCAUUAGGCGAAGAGAACAAUAAAGACCUGGAAAUUAAAAGAAAAAGAGAUCCAUCACAGUGGAAGAGGAAUGUCAAAAAAUCUAAGAGAAAUUCUGGAGAUGGUAAAGUGUUUGUGAAUACCGAUUGUAAGUGUAAUAAACACUGUUAUAGGAUGAUAAGUGAAAAUCAGAGAAAAGGUAUCUUUGAGUUAUUUUGGGCAAUGAGUGAUUAUAAACGACAAAAUACUUACAUCUGUGGACUUAUCAAAAGAUAUGAAGUAAAGGUCAGACGGACACGCGAUGGAAGUAGGGGGAAUAAAGGCUCCACAAAUAAGUAUUUUUUAAACAUCGAAGGAAUGAAUCUGAAUGUUUGUAAGCUGUUUUUUUUACAAACAUUUGCUAUUUCUGAUGGCAGAAUGUCACGGGCUCUGCAGAAGGAAAAAUGUGGUCACGUAGGAGCUGAUUUUAGAGGGAAGGGCCCUAGUGCAAAUAAAACUGAGGAAUGGCGAGUAGAAGAAGUUAAGAAACACAUCAAAAGCUUCCCAGCAUUCACUAGCCAGCAUACACAAGCUCACAACCCUAAUCGUAGAUACUUAAAUCCAAAUCUCAAUGUCAGACUGAUGUAUACCCUAUACAAAGAAAGUUGCUUAAUCAAACAAAACAAACCAGUUAGCGAAAAUUUGUACAGGAAAAUUUUUUCUGAGCUAAACUUACACUUUAAUUCUCCUAAAAAGGAUACAAUGCCAACAAUGUGAUCAAUUUAAGUUGAGCGUAGAUGUAGCAGAUGAACUUGAGAAAACUUUUUUAAAAUCUCAGUAUGAACUUAGUUGAACUAAAAAGUUGACCAAGAAGGGCCAGGCAACUGGCUGAAAAUUCCAUGGAUGCAGUUUACAAAAGCAUCUCCGGUUAUCAUGCUGUACAAUGAAACAUUCGACGAUGUUUUGUCCUACUGUACUAAACUACCUCCAGCAAAAGGCUCCUAGCCAAAUUCUUAUCAACUGAUAAAGCAAACCAGUGACGCUAGCUAAGAAGAAAGACAUGAUAGACCUUACAUUCCACAUUUACACCAGGCUUUUUUUAACAACUUGAAGACAUCAAAGCACCUAGAGGAUGUUGAUUAUGAGCCAUUAAUCAUUGAGGAGAACAGCAGUACUAUAAAAUUGAACAUUCUUGAAAUAAUGUUAGUUUUACAAUUUUACAUUUACUUUUCUGUUGAAAUUAUAUUAAAAAUUGUACAACAAAUUGUUAGUUUUUCAAUAAUUAUUAAAAGUAUGAGCCUGUUUUGUGCUUAAUAAAGUAAAG